AUGGAUGAUGAACGCGCAACAGAACUUGAAUGUUUAACAGCCAUAUUCCCAGAAAUUAUCCUUAACCCAAACGAACCUUUCUCCGCCACUAUCGACCUUCAAGUCAAACCUUCCAAUCCUGUUAAGGUUGUGUUUCCUGCUGCCGCCGAUGGCAUCCUUCCUACCCCGCCACAUUCGGACACUUCGAGUCAACAUGAGGGCGAGCCUACGAGAGAACUAGAGAACCGCAGCAAAUUCGAGUCGCAUGAUUUGUCCUACCUACCAUCACUACACUUGAGCAUAGCUCUUCCAGAGGGGUAUCCUGAAGAAAAGCCACCGCAAUUUAAACUGUCCACCAACCCAGCAUGGCUCUCCCGAACCCAUCUCGACGAAUUGGAGGCGUAUGGCAAGACGAUGUGGGAAGAAGCUGGUCGUGCUGUAGUCGCAUACGGAUACAUCGACUUUCUGCAACAAUCUGCUGAAAAUGCGUUUGGAUUUGCGGAGAAGGGCAGGCUUUUGGAAAUACCACAGGACCACAAGAUCUCUUUGCUAGACUUGGAUAUUCGCGCCACCCAAGCUGCGUUUGCAAAGGAAACUUUUGACUGUGGCGUCUGCCUUGAUCCAAAGAAGGGCCUAGUAUGCCACCGAAUGAUCGACUGCGGACAUGUGUUCUGCGUUGAAUGUCUCCAGGAUUUCUACAAUAAUGCCAUCAAGGAAGGCGAUUUGACAUUCGUUCGCUGCUUGGAUCCAGACUGUGCAAAGAACCGUAUCGCAGCACAAGCGGCAUCCAAGAAGAAACGAAAGGUCAAAACACAGCUGAGCCCCAGUGAACUUCUGCAAAUCCCUCUCGAACCUGAGAUAGUGGCUCGUUAUGUGAAGCUGAAGCGCAAGGCGGCGUUGGAAUCUGAUAAAAACACCAUCUACUGCCCCAGAUCAUGGUGCCAGGGUGCAGCUCGGUCGACGAAGCAUAAAAAGUCAGUCGGGCUCGAGGCGGAUGAUAGCUCUGAUGAGGAGGGCGAGAACGACGAGCAAGCGGCAAAGGCACCGAAGUAUGUGGCUGGGACUGACCUCCUUUCGGUUUGUGAAGACUGCUCGUAUGCCUUUUGUAGCCGAUGCUAUCAAGGGUGGCAUGGAGAAUUCACAAUCUGCAUACCCAAGACGGCCACGGGAGAAUUGACGGAAGAAGAUAAAGCAUCAUUGGCGUAUUUGAAGAAGCAUUCGACACCAUGCCCUACUUGUGCUGCUCCAGCCCAAAAGACCCAUGGUUGCAACCACAUGAUAUGUUUUACAUGCCGGUCUCAUUUCUGCUAUCUUUGCUCCUCCUGGCUAUCUCCCUCGAAUCCAUACGCCCAUUAUAAUCAAGAAGGGGCACCAUGUCACAUGCGACUCUGGGAAGGAGAGGAAGGUGAUGGGGAGGGCGAAGGGCCAGGCUUCGCUGAAAGAGAGAUUGAGAUUCCGCAGGAAGAUAUUUUGGUAAUUCCUCAAGAUGCUCCUGAGGUUGAGGUGGUACCUGAGCCGAUUGUUCCACAGCCCGUUCAGCAACCACAAGAGCCGCUUCAACGAGAAGGUCCACUAGUCCUUCGAAUCAACCAGCUUCCUCCGCAACCUGUACCUCCGCCAGCACCAGCCGCUCCUCAGGGUGGUCGCAACGCUGGCCGCAAUCGACAAGCCCAACCGCGACAGCCACAACGAGGAAACGUACGUGGCGUUCAAGGCCGUGGAGCUAAUGUUCGAAAUCGAGUCCCUCGAAAUCAGCCUCAACCGGAACUUGAUCCUCAUGGACAAGAAGCAGCUCAACAAGCCUGGGUGCAGAUGUUUGUUCAAAUGGCUAUGAACGAUGAGGAGGAUCAGCUAGACAGUGACGAUGAGGCUGAUGGUCGACAGUGGGAGAUUCCUGUCCGGUGA